UAUGUGGUGUAUGAAAAUUUUGAUGAAAAUAAUAAAAAUGAAAUGAAAUUUGAAAUUUGCAUACUUUAUCUGAAAGUAUGUUCAUUUGUGUAAGUAUGCGUAUAAAGUAUGCUAAUUCGAGGGAUAAUCGUAUUAAUUUAUACGAGUGGGUGUGGUUAUGUUAAUGACAGCCUUUAUGAUAAUCAGGCCCCGCCUCGUUGACGAGGGUCGGUUAUCAAUCGGAAUAAUGCAAUUAAUCGUAUGCAGUUAUGCUAGUGUCAACUCGGCUUCAUUGUCUUCCCUCGUAUUAUCGAUCAGUGUAAUGCAAUUAUUCUCGCUUUAACGUUUAUUGAGUGGAUUAGUGUGUUUAUAUUUUAGGUCACCAAGUUCAUAUCUCAUUGCAGGAUACAGUCCUUAUGCGAAAAUUAUAGGAAAGAAUCACACGACCACUUCUGCAUUAAUCAAUUUUAUUUCUAACUAAACUUUAACGCUAGAAGAUGCAACUCUCGGCUUGGAGUUACAACACAGUAUCAACACAGUCUCAUCAAUGACUGCGUGGUUUCACUUUGACAUUUCCCCCCGCAUAAUGCGAUUGUUGUUAGUGAAAGUCGUUCAAACAUGCAUGCAAGCUAUUCUAAAAAAAACCUUAACAUUCUAUUAUUAAUUAUUAUAUUUGAAAUCGGCCACACAGUACUCCCGGAUGCUCAUUCAUUGAUCCAUAGGCAAUCCUUAUCACGUUGUUAACAGGGCAAUUCAUUCUUAUGCAGCGUAACACGAACGUAUGGAAAAUAUGAAUAAAGUCCUUAAUAUUAUGCGACGGUAUUCAUACAAAAAGACAAUCAAAAAUUAUUAUCAUUCUCAAAGGCACAAAUAAUGGAUUCGUUGGCAAGAUUAUGCCGUUGAAAAGAAAAUACAAACACGUACGACUGAGUUGUUUUGUAACUCAAUGGCAGCAGUGUUUUUCAUGAAUCAGUUGAUAUUUAAUGUACCACCUUGGAAUGGCAACUCUUCUUGAAACCGAAGAUAACUUUAGAACAACCUUAUUGUUGAUUCGGGUUCGGCUGACGCAGCUGACAAGUUGACACGGUCCUGCAGUUGCGGAGCUCGGUCGGUAGAUGGCGACCACAGCUCGCUCGCAGCGACCCUCGCCACUCCGGCGGCCGGCAGAGACCUCCUCCGCGUCGGUGUCGGUUGAUCUCUUGCAGGGAUGCGUUGAGCUGCCAAGCGGGUCUUGCCCGCUUGCUGAUGAGCUAUCGGCAAGCUGAUGAGCCGAGCUGAGCUGAGCUCAGCCGAGCUGAACCGAGCUCCGAUGAGCCGGCCGAACUGUUGAGCUGUUGGUGAGCUGAGCUCCGAUGAGCUGAGCCCCGAUAGGCCGGCUCCGAUGAGCCGACCGAACUCAGCUGAGUUCCGGACGAACUGAGUUUUCAAUGUUGUAGCGUUCUCUUUUAUGCCAAAAUCCUUCCUCUUGACUCCUCCCCACAAGGUGGAGCAUCUUUUAAUUUAGCUGUGUCGUGGUCUGGAGCGCGUGUCCGUAUGCGCGUCCGUAUGUGUGUCCGUCCGUAUGUGUGUCCUUGUGUGCGCUAUCUGUUGUCCUCCUCUUUCCAUAAACCACCAAAGUAAAACAAACAGAUGUUACAAACCGUCUCGAAGGCGUCUCUCUGUCUGCCGGUGUGAGAGGGAGGCGAUAUUCCCACCUGUGUGACCGACUCUCACCGCUUCCCAGACCCAGGCCUCCUCUUUCCAUAAACCAUAAAAAACAACAGGUGUUACAAAUCGUCUCACAGGCGUCUUUGUCUGUGUUGCACAACCUGGGGGGAGGGGCGGCAUUCCCUCCGGUGCGACCUUCACUGAUGCACAAAGAAAUGGUUAAGGUUUAAAGUUAACACUUAUCCCUCACAGUUUGGUAUCGCACCACUCGCAGCCAUGAUUCUGUAUGUAACCCAAGGUCUGUUGUCAGCUUUCCAUCAUGGUGUUUGACUUUAUGUCAAGGGAAGGUGCCCCCUUAAGCGUAUGCAUAUUCUUACCCCGCGCUGCGGGGAGACAAAGACGGCCAGGAUCUCUUUCUCUCUCUGACCCUGGGUUUAACAUCGCUUAAGUCAUGUAGUUUAUGUUUAACGAAGUUGUGUAAGUGGAGUAUAGUUUACGGUGAAUAGAAUUAACAUUAAUGUUAUGUAUGAAAUUAUGUAUUGUGAAUUUUUUUUUAACUUAACUUUGCCUGGUGUCUUUGCUGACAUGCUGGCAUUCCAAGCCCCGGCAUCUCUGCUCGCCCCCCAUCCUUAUCUCUGCUCGCGCGGCGCACGCCACCCGUGAAUCACAUGGAGCAGAGAGACUCGGCACAGACUGGAAUUAAAAAGGACCAAAGCGUCCUUUGUUUAUACAGCAUGGACCAGAUGGGAAACAUGAAGAAACACCUGCAAUCACACACUGGCAAAAAGCCUUUCAAGUGCUCUGUGUGUGGGAAGGCAUUUACAAGGUCAUCACAUCGUGAUAGGCAUCAGACAUCACAUACUGGCGAGAAGCUGUUCAAGUGCACAGUGUGUGGAAAAGCCUUUUCACGGGCAUCAAACCUUGACAGACAUCAGACAUUACACACGGGAGAGAAGCUCUUCAAGUGCAGUGUGUGUGUUAAGGAAUUUUCACGGGCAUCGAAUCUUAACAAACAUGAGAAAAAACACUUUGGGGAAAACCCAUUCAAGUGUAUUGUGUGUGGGAAGGGAUUUUCACAUUCAGGAUCUCUUCUGAUUCACCAGAGUAAACACACAGGUGAGAAGCCGUUCAAGUGCACAAUGUGUGGGAAUACAUUUACACAGUCGUCACAUCUUAACAGACAUCAGAAAACGCACACAGGCGAAAUGCCCUUCAAGUGCACCGUAUGUGGGAUGGCAUUCUCACGGUCAUCGAAUCUUGACAGACAUCAGAAAACACACUUUGGUGAAAAGCCCUUCAAUUGCACUGUGUGUGAGAAGGCAUUUUCACGGUCUUCACAUCUUGACAGGCAUCAGAAAACACAUACUCGUGAACAUCUCUUUACGUGCACUGUGUGUGGGAAGCCGUUUACAGAUUCAGGAUCUCUUUAUAUUCACCAGAAAACUCACACAGUUGAGAAGCUCUUCAAGUGUAAUGUGUGUGGCAAGGCAUUUACACAGUCGGCAUAUCUUCCUAUUCACCAGAGAACACACACAGGUGAAAAGCCCUUCAGGUGCACAGUGUGUGCGAAGGCAUUUUCACGAUCAUCACAUCUUAACAGACAUCAGAAAAUACACUCAGGUGAAAUGCCUUUGACGUACCCUGUGUGGGGAGAGGCAUUUCCACGGUCAGAAGUCCGAAACAGUCAUGAGAAGAUCCACUUGGAGUUGAAUGUGAAAUCUACACGUCAAAGUGCUUCAAUUAACCCAUCUCUCAUAAAACAGGAACCAGAAGAAAAUUCCCCCUUUGAAACGUGGCCAGGAGUUAAACUGGAAUGUGACAAAGAGAAGUUUCAAUGUGAAGAAGUGACGUUGAAAUGUGAAGACGAAGAUUUGAAUCCAGGACCUAACUUACAGGUCGAUGGAGGCAUUUUGAAGCAGGAGGAAAAUUUGGACUGUGAGGGAAAGCGAGAUGACCCCAAAAAGUAUUUGGAUGUGGAAAUUUGGAUGGACUUUUUGGACAAUGCAAAGUAGGAGUCCAGAAAGAUUUGUAUACAGGAAAGUGAAACAAAGAAUCUCCACAGAGAUCACCUUAUUUAUAGGCUUGUUACAAGAAUGCAUGCAGCUGUAGGUGUCAAUCAGACAGAUGAGCUUUUAGUAAUUCUGAUGGGGUUUUUUUUAUUUCAGUGUAGUGUUAAUGAAAUAUUGUCAACUUUUUCAUAUUCUAGAAAUAUAAUUUGAUCAUCUUAAUUUGAAGCUUUCGGGACUGCAGGAAUCCAUACUAUUUUGUUCUUUUGGUAAAGUCACGUAGGUAUAAAUUUUAUUUUACAUUAUAGACCUCACUUAAAGCUCAAGAUGCAUUCUUGGAGAAGUGAGCACAAAUCGAAUCAGUGUUAAAAGGGGUCAUUAUACCAUUGUAUACAACAUGGGGAUACGUUCCCGACAGCAUUAUUUUCUGAGUAAUAUACGAGGGCUUCAUUGGGGUAUCUGUAAUAAUGCUAAUAAUAAUGCUAAUAAUAAUGCAGAUGGAAAACAUUUCAUAAAUAAAAUAAAGUAUUAUAAUAACAGUAUUAUGUACUAUACACACAAGUGCAUUCUACUGUACACCUACAAGGCAUCAGUGGGAGAUUAUUGAGGAGCUGCUGCACUCCCAAUCCAGUUAAUUCUCAGAGAAGAGCUCCAGGACCUUUGUGAUCUUAGUGAUGCUUUUCGUCAAAAUUGUUUUGGUGAGGUUUCUUUUAGGUAGGGCCUGAGAUUGUCCUGUUCUCAUGAUUUAUUUAAUCGAUGGUUUAAAAAUGUAAUCGUGACUACGAAUCAUGAUAAUCGAAUGGUGGUUGGCUCAGCAUACGUUAUUCUCAUUGGCUGAGUGAAUGAUGGGGGCGGAUAGCAGUCAGCCCUGCUGCAUGUUCUCACUCGCAAGCCCUUUAUAGAUAUUUCGAUUGUAUUAUUCGUUGUAAAAUAUUUCUCCAGGGCAAAGAGCACCAUAACAAAUCAGCGUUCGACGGGGUCGCACUAAGCGACCUCCCAUGUACUUUUAAAGUGGCUUCUGUGUGGCUUGGUCUGCAUGCUCCCCAAUCUCUUUUUAAAAUAGCUGUUUUAACUGUAUACACUAUCACACAUCACAACCACUAAACUCACUUCACAUACACACAUACACAUUGCGCACACAGUACACGGUCACCAUAUAGUCAAUCAUUUGCGCACAGUAAAACCAUCCACAACAUACACAUCACACCCACAUACAAUACAGCAAACCCUUACCCAUCGCGAAGGUUACAUUCUUGAAAAUAGCUGCAAUCGCCAAAUACCCGAUCCACAAACUCAAAGGCAUUACUAGUCCUUGGGCCAGAUCGGUACCACCCAAGGUGGCAACACUUCAAUUGUGCCAUUUUAUUUGUUACACCAACAGAAGUAAAAUAAUAUGUGAUAACCUUUCCAAAUGAGCAGCGGUUUAAUUUUUCUCGCAGCAAACCUGUUUUUGCACCUAUCGCAAUCACGCCUAUUUGCCUGGACUUUACAAAUAAAACAUUCCAACACC